CCCGCCGGCGCCCAGGAGAGCCACCGCCACCGCCCGGCCCAGGCCCAGGCCCUGCGCAGAGCGAAGCGGAGCGGCGUCUACCCGGGCCCUGCAAACCGGCGCGGCGGGGGCGGGCCCAAGAUCUGCCGCGGAUCUUCCAUUCUCCAGGGCGAAAGCGGGAGCUCCGGCGUCCCGGAUCGGGCUCGGCGCACGCCCAUGGCAAGCGCGGCCUGCCCGGGCCCCGGGGACCCUGCCAUGUGAGGCAGGCCCGGGCUGGGGGCCCGGCCAUGGCCGGGGAACGGCCCCCACUGCGGGGCCCUGGGCCAGGGCCGGGAGAAGCGCCGGGGGAGGGGCCCCCGGGCCCGGGGAGUACGGGUGGAGGCCCGGGCCGGGGCCGCCCCUCCUCCUACCGGGCUCUCCGCAGCGCCGUCUCCAGCCUGGCGCGCGUGGACGAUUUCCACUGCGCGGAGAAGAUCGGGGCCGGCUUCUUCUCUGAGGUCUACAAGGUUAGGCACCGACAGUCAGGGCAAGUCAUGGUGCUGAAAAUGAACAAACUCCCCAGUAACCGGGGAAACACGCUACGGGAGGUGCAGCUGAUGAACCGGCUCCGACACCCCAACAUCCUAAGGUUCAUGGGGGUCUGUGUGCACCAGGGGCAGCUGCACGCCCUUACAGAGUAUAUGAAUGGGGGGACCCUGGAACAGCUGCUCAGCUCCCCAGAACCCCUGUCCUGGCCAGUCAGGCUCCGCCUGGCUCUGGACAUUGCCCGUGGCCUGCGGUACCUGCAUGCCAAAGGUGUAUUCCACCGAGACCUAACAUCCAAGAACUGUCUGAUCCGACGGGAAGACCGAGGCUUCACGGCUGUUGUGGGUGACUUCGGGCUGGCUGAAAAGAUUCCUGUGUAUAGGGAAGGGGCAAGAAAGGAGCCAUUGGCUGUGGUAGGUUCCCCAUACUGGAUGGCUCCAGAGGUGUUGCGGGGUGAGCUGUAUGAUGAGAAGGCCGAUGUCUUUGCAUUUGGUAUUGUCCUCUGUGAGCUCAUUGCACGAGUACCUGCGGACCCAGAUUACCUACCCCGAACUGAGGACUUUGGCCUGGAUGUGCCUGCUUUCCGGACCCUGGUAGGGGAUGACUGCCCACUGCCCUUCCUGCUCCUGGCCAUCCACUGCUGCAGUAUGGAACCUAGCACUCGUGCUCCCUUCACUGAAAUCACCCAGCAUCUAGAAUGGAUCCUGGAGCAGCUGCCUGAGCCAGCCCCCCUCACCAGAGCUUCCCUGACACACAAUCAGAGGUCUGUUUCAAGAGGGGGUCCCUCUGCCACCCUUCCUAGGCCAGACCCCCGGCUUUCCCGAAGCCGGUCAGACCUCUUCCUGCCCCCAACACCAGACUCACCCCCCAACUGGGGGGACAGUCUGACUCGAGUCAAUCCCUUCUCACUCCGGGAAGACCUCCGGGGAGGCAAGAUCAAGCUGUUGGACACACCCAGUAAGCCAGUUACCCCCCUGCCCCUUGUUCCACCAUCACCACUGCCCUCCUCGCAGCUGCCCUUGGUAACCACUCCAGAGACCCUCAUCCAGCCUGGGACACCUGCCCGUCGCUGCCGUUCGCUCCCAUCAUCCCCUGAGCUCCCCCGACGUAUGGAGACAGCACUGCCAGGUCCUGGCCCUCCCAGUAUGGGCCCCUCGGCUGAAGAAAGAAUGGAGUGUGAGGGCAGUAGCCCUGAGCCAGAACCCCCAGGACCAGCUCCCCAGCUGCCCCUGGCCGUGGCCACAGACAACUUCAUCAGCACUUGUUCCUCGGCCUCCCAGCCUUGGUCCCCUAGAUCAGGGACUGCCCUUAACAACAACCCCCCAGCUGUGGUGGUGAACUCCCCACAAGGCUGGGCUGGGGAGCCGUGGAACCGGGCCCAGCAUAGUCUGCCCCGGGCGGCAGCCCUGGAGCGGACAGAACCCUCGCCGCCCCCUUCAGCUCCCCGGGAGUCUGAUGAGGGGCUGCCCUGCCCUGGCUGCUGUCUUGGCCCUUUCAGCUUUGGCUUCCUAUCCAUGUGCCCCCGCCCCACACCAGCUGUUGCCCGCUACCGCAACCUGAACUGUGAGGCGGGCAGUCUCCUCUGCCACCGAGGGCACCAUGCCAAGCCUCCCACACCCGGCCUGCAGCUGCCCGGGGCGCGCUCUUAGCAGUGGGGCCUGUGGUCUCUGGCCUCCAACUUUGGCCUUCAGGAUGCCCUGUGAGGACAGAGCACACAUGUUGGACAGUGCCAGCCCCAGCAGGGCUGACCAGCUCUUCUCCCCAUGUAGGGGAACCUCAGCAUGGACUCAAGGGACAGAACAUUUCCUGUCUAGCCCCUGGGCCUGCUCUCCCAUGGGCGAUCACUGAACCAGACAAAGCACUGCUGACACAUGAGACUAACACGUGCAAAUUAUUUAAAAAUAUUUCAAUAAAACUGCCUGGCUGGCUCCGGGCUGCCCCUAUCCACUCAGCCCAUGCGCCCUCCUCCACCCCCCUACAGUGCCACUAUGGGAAGUUCUUGGGGAGGCCAAAAUCUCUUCUAGUGACUUCUUCACCAGUUUCCCAGGAACAGUCCAGCUUCUGGGGCAGGAUUUCAAGCAGGCAACAGGCUGGCU